GUCAUUCGGCUACUCAUGCAUCCUCUUCAGGACCUAGCAACUGGGAUGACGAUUGGUUCGGAGCAUGAGAGAGGAGGUGAUGGUGAUUCACGACAUAUUGGGUUUAAAGUUCCUCUACCUGAUGCAUUUGAAAUAACUUCAGAUGUUGUCACAGUAGGCCGAGUUCCGGAGAAAGCAGAUAUGGUAAUUCCAGUUGCUACAGUAUCUGGUCUUCAUGCUCGCCUCGAAAAGAAAGAAGGAAAUCUUCGCAUCACAGAUCUCGACAGUACAAAUGGGACAUUUAUCAACGAGAAGAGGCUCAGAGCUGGGGCUGCUGUACAAGUACCUCCAGGGAGUUGUGUCACUUUUGGUGAUACUCAUUUAGCUAUGUUCCGUGUUUCGAAGGUUGAAGCUCGUGAAAAAAAACCUUCUGCUGAAGAAGAAGGAUCUGGAGUCAAAACUGACACUGAUUUGGCUAAUGAUAAUUACAGUGAACUGAGUUGAGAACUCUUGGUGACAGUUGCGCUAAUAUGUGAUUGUGUGGGCAUCAUGUUCUAUUAUGGGUCGGCCUAUGUUUUCUACUUACCAAAUGUAGGGUUUUGUGAACUUUCUACUCAAUUUUAACAUUUUGAGCGUGUUUGGCGGGGCUUUUUUUUUUCUUUUUUGUGUGUGUCAAACUAGCUUGCUAAGCUCAUAUCUAUCUGUUUAGUAAAGACCCAAAUAAGUUAAUUUA